AGUCGAUCUGCACAACCUUUUUUCUAAGAGCCGGGAGGGCAGUAUGUCAUAUUCGUCUCCGCUCAGUGGCUCGCUUCAAGACUCAAAGAUGGCUUUUCACCAGCCCUUUCAUAAAUCAGAUUCGACUCCUUCUUUUUCAUCAAACUCGCCAUGUCUGACAACCCAUGCCUUGCCCUUAUCGAGGGCCUCAAUUCCGAGGAUGCGACUGCCGACGAUGCCUCAGCCUCCCCUAUCGACUAUGCUGCAGAGCUCUCCCUCUGGACCAACGCAGAGUUCACAUUCGAUAUUCCCCCAGGGCUGGGCAUCUUUGAGUCCGACUCUGGAUUCGACCAGCUCGCUGCAUCCAACACUCUUCUCCUCAGCGACAGCAGUAGCAUUGCUACUCCUACUGCAACUACCACCACCGUCAAUAGCAGCCACGGACAGCUUAGUCCAGUUCUGGGGCAGCACAUCUAUGGCGAGGAGCAACAGCAGCAGCAGCAGCAGCAGCAUGCCAUCAACACUCCCAAUGACUCUCGACCCUUGUCCUUGUUGGAACGCACUCGCCAACGCAACCCUCUGAACGAAGAAUCCAGACCAGAACUCCAGGAGCAAGUGGCCGCUGUCAACUCGUUCCACUCGCUCCUGGCUGCAUACUCGGCCGCAACAUCACAGACGCGGCAGGUUCACCAACAAGUUAGGCUGCAGCAACAUCAGCAUUCGUCAUACCCCGCCAUCCAGCCGGUAACUGCGCCCGCUUUGACUGCAGCACCGACAACACCAGCAGCUGCCAAGCUGUUGCGACAAUCCAUACCUCAAUAUACCGAACCUGCACCCAUUGCUAAGAAGCCACGGACACUUCCAACUGCUAUCGUCCCCUCCCUCACAGCACCUUCAUUAACAUCCUCACAAUCAAGUUCACCCAAAAAUUCUUCAGUCGACCAGACCGCCGUCAGCAGCAGCUCUAGCAGUGCAGUGAACGAAACCGACUCUAGUCAGGGAAAUGAUGCAGAGGAGCAGGAACAACCCCAACUGUCUGCAGCGGAUUCAUUUUCCAAGGAUGAUCCCGAAUACCAGACAAAGGUUUUAGCAGAGGAGGAUAAGAGGCGGCGUAACACGGCUGCUUCCGCUCGGUUCCGGCAAAAGAAAAAGUUGCGCGAGCAGACACUGGAACAGACGGCCCGUGAGCAGACGGCACGUGCGGAGGCCCUUGAACUCAAGGUGCGGGAACUGGAGAUGGAGGUGCGCUGGCUACGGGGACUGAUUGUCGAGAAGGAUUCGAGGCUUUAUGAGGCUACUGUCAAUUUACAGGAUGCCAACAAGCGCAUUCGCUUGGAGUCGCUUUGAACAUUCUACAUUUGCUCCGUACAUGCAUGUCAUUAAAUUAAA